CAUUCUUCUGCCAACCUCAGACCAGAUAACAUCAUGAAGUUGAUCGUACUCGCCGCCCUGAUCGGAGCCUGCGCUGCCGCAAGCCUGCCUGGCUAUGUUGCCCCUCAAUAUCGCUACCCCUACAAUUAUAACUACUAUGAUACAAGGGCUAGAGCCGCUCUCGACAGGAGCGCCGCCAUCUUGAGGUCUGAUUCCGAAGUCAACGAAAAAGGAUUCCGUUACGCUUUCGACACUGAAAAUGGCAUCCACGCAGACGAAACUGGAGUUGAAGCCAAUGGAAUCCAAGCAGCUGGAAGCUACUCCUACACUGGUGAUGAUGGCCAGGUUUAUAGUGUGACUUACACUGCUGAUGCCAACGGCUACCAGCCUCAGGGAUCUCAUCUCCCUACUCCACCUCCUAUCCCUGCUGCCAUCGCCAGGUCCCUUGAGGAGAACGCGAGGGAUGAAGCUGCUGGAAUCUUUGAUGAUGGUAGCUACCACGACACCAAAUACACCCCAGGCGUUGUUCUAGCUCGCAAGCAGUACAGAUACAACCCAUUUUACCCAUACCGUCGUUACUGAUCGACUGAGAACGUCUAACCAGUAAGGAAGCAAACAGCAACAGAAUUUGUACAGUGCCAUUUGAUAUAGGUUAAGAUUAUAUAUAUUUACAAAGAAUAGAAAAUUCACAGAAGAUCAACAUCCACGAAAAUUUGACGAAGAAAUGGUAAAUCCGGA